UGUUAAAACUCAACUCCGUUGAAAAAAAAACGAAAGUCACUUGAUAGGUGAAAGUACCUUUGGUUGUAAAAUAAAACUCUAAAGUCUAUGUGUAAAUCACUCCCUAUUUCUUAACUUUUUUCCCCGACUUUCUCUCUCUUUCUCGCCUCUUUCUCUCCCCUUUCUCUCGACAUCUUGUCUCUGUAUAUCCACAAAAUUUCCUGAUUUCAAAUAAUCUCCACGGUAUGUGGGUAUUUUCUUAUAAUCCCUUUCACAUCCGUUUCUUAUUCAUCUACAUAUUAGCGAUUUUUUACAACAGUUUGUGAAUUACAACAAGCGUGAGGAUGUUCUUCUUUGUUAUCUUUGAUUGUCUUUACAUUGGAUGCGUAUAUAAAAAGUUCGCUGGUUUCUUCUUGUCAAAUUGUCUUAACCAUCAUCGUGAGCCAAAGCCGAUUCAUAUACAAAGUUCGCUGGUUUGGUAAAUGUAUUUUUGAAAUUUUGGUUUAGCGUGUUUCGAUUUGAUAAGUUGUUUCUCUGAUUAAGCUAAUUUUCUAAGCAACUUACAGUUAUUUUUGUUGUUGUUAUGAAACAUAUUCUAAAGAAAAUAUGUGACCACCCGCUUCUCUUGAGUAAGAGGGCUGCUGAGGAUGUCCUCGAAGGAAUGGAAUCGAUAUUAACACAAGAAGAAGCAGGCAUGGUGGAGAGGCUGGCUAUGCAUAUUGCAGACGAUGUGGAUACAGAUGAUUUCCAGACCAAGAAUGACAUCAUCUCCUGCAAAUUGUCAUUCAUCAUGUCGCUACUGGAAAAUUUGAUUCCAGAAGGGCACCGUGUUCUAAUUUUCUCCCAGACACGCAAGAUGCUUAAUCUCAUUCAGAUAUUUGAUAUGUUUGAUAAACGAAAAGGAGUCGUUCAUUUUGGGGACUUUGUCAGAUCACUAUAUGUUUUCCACCCCAAUGUUUCUCUAGAAGACAAAAUAGAUUGUAAGUUGACGCUUUACGACAUGGACUGUACAGGUUUCAUUAAACGCCAAGAGGUUAAGCAAAUGUUGAUCGCCUUUCUCUGAGAAUCUGAAAUGAAAUUGGCUGAUGAAACCAUAAAGAUAAUAUUAGAUAAGGUUUGUGUUUUAAUUGACAUUGCCUAUGCCGGAUGCAAAACUUGUUGUUUUCAUUUCUAUGCUAUAUCCCUUGCUUGUAAAACUUGACGUGUUGGGAAUCUGAUGUCUCUUGAAAGUGUCUCUUGAAAGUACUUUCAUGACAUGAUUUCUUCUGAUAUCUAUGCAACAUUGAUAAUCAGCGUUGAUCCAGCAUACAGAAUUUUUUUAUUCUUAAGAAC